AUGGCCGAGAGAGGAGACUGCAUUGCCAGCGUCUACGGGUAUGACCUGGGCGGGCGCUUUGUGGACUUCCAACCCCUGGGUUUUGGGGUCAACGGGCUCGUGCUGUCAGCCACAGACAGCCACACCUGCCGGAAGGUGGCUGUGAAGAAGAUCGCCCUGAGCGAUGCCCGCAGCAUGAAGCACGCUCUCCGGGAGAUCAAGAUCAUCCGGCGCCUGGACCAUGACAACAUCGUGAAGGUGUACGAGGUGUUGGGACCCAAGGGCACUGACCUUCAGGGCGAGCUGUUCAAGUUCAGCGUGGCCUACAUUGUCCAGGAGUACAUGGAGACCGACCUGGCGCGCCUGCUGGAGCAGGGCACGCUGACCGAGGAGCACGCCAAGCUGUUCAUGUACCAGCUCCUCCGCGGGCUCAAGUACAUCCACUCUGCCAACGUGCUGCACAGGGACCUGAAGCCCGCCAACAUCUUCAUCAGCACAGAGGACCUCGUGCUGAAGAUAGGGGAUUUCGGGUUGGCGAGGAUCGUGGAUCAGCAUUAUUCCCACAAGGGUUAUCUGUCAGAGGGGUUGGUGACAAAGUGGUACCGCUCUCCACGACUGCUCCUGUCCCCCAACAACUACACAAAAGCCAUCGACAUGUGGGCAGCCGGCUGCAUCCUGGCCGAGAUGCUCACGGGGAGAAUGCUCUUUGCAGGGGCUCAUGAGCUGGAGCAGAUGCAGCUCAUCCUGGAGACCAUCCCUGUGAUCCGGGAAGAAGACAAGGACGAGCUGCUCAGGGUGAUGCCCGCCUUUGUCAACAGCACCUGGGAGGUGAAGCGGCCCCUGCGCAAGUUACUCCCCGAAGUGAACAGUGAAGCCAUCGACUUUCUAGAGAAGAUCCUGACCUUUAACCCCAUGGAUCGCCUAACGGCUGAGAUGGGGCUGCAGCACCCUUACAUGAGCCCGUACUCCUGUCCUGAGGACGAACCCAUAUCACAACACCCCUUCCGCAUUGAGGAUGAGAUUGAUGACAUCGUGCUGAUGGCUGCCAAUCAGAGUCAGCUCUCCAACUGGGACAGGUAUCCGGUGAGUCUGUCCUCAGAUCUGGAGUGGCGGCCCGAUCGACGCCAGGACUCCAGCGAGGUGCAGCGCGACCCGCGCGCUGGGUCGGCGCCGCUGGCGGAGGACGUGCAGGUGGACCCGCGCAAGGACUCCCAGAGCAGUUCCGAGCGCUUCCUGGAGCAGUCUCACUCGUCCAUGGAGCGCGCCUUCGAGACGGACUACGGGCGUUCCUGCGACUACAAGGUGGGGUCGCCGUCCUACCUGGACAAGCUGCUGUGGCGCGACAACAAGCCGCACCACUACUCGGAGCCCAAACUCAUCCUGGACCUGUCACACUGGAAGCAAACAGCCGGCGCACCCCCGAUGGCCGGGGUGGCAGCGGACGCGGUGGCGCACGAGGACGAGCCCGCCAGCCUCUUCCUGGAGAUCGCGCAGUGGGUCAAGAGCACGCAGGGCGGCCUGGAUCACGCCAGCCCGCCCCCAGAAGGGCCAGAGCGCCGCCUGUCCUCCUCUCCCCCGGAGAGCCAGACCCCGGUAGACCGAGGCGCCAGCCCUCAGUUUGACCUGGACGUGUUUAUCUCCCGCGCCCUGAAGCUCUGCACCAAGCCCGAGGAUCUGCCAGACAAUAAAUUGGGCGAUCUCAACGGCGCAUGCAUCUCUGAGCACCCAGGAGACCUUGUGCAGACGGAGGCCUUCUCCAAAGAAAGGUGGUGA